AUGUACAGCCCUGAAAAUGGGAAAAGUCCAGCAGGCCUCCUGCCCCCACCUCCAGUAGUAGAAAUCAUUGAGAAGGCGGGAGCCCUGCCAGUCCAGAAAAUGGCCAAGAAGGGCCAUCUUCAGCCGGCAAAAGCAAAGGUGGGAGCCAAGGUGAACGCCAAGGCACGCAGAUACCGCCCGGGGGAGCGGCGCUGCACGAAAUACGUCUAUUACAACGGACCGUCAAGGCUGCCAUCCCCAAAGCUCCUUUCUACCGCGUUGUGAGUCCAUUCCCCUAGUACCUAUCCAUAGCUUUGCUUGGGGCGAUAGAAAAAGGCUAAAGGUGCGGUAUAUACACAGAUCCGGGAGUUGGCUAAUGAGCGAGUCAUGAUGCUGGGGAGGGUAGAGAAUUAUCGGUGGCAGUCAACGGCCUUGGAUGCUCUGAAGGAGGCGGCCGAGGCGUUUUUGGUGCAUCUGUUGGAGGAUGGGUAUCUGUGCGCUAUCCAUUGCAAGAGGGUUACAAUUAUGGUCAAGGAUAUUCAGUUGGCUAGGAGAAUUCGGGGCCAUUGGGGUGGUCUCGGUUGA